GGCGAAGCCCGCGUGCACGACACAACAACUACCGAGGGGGAAGGAAGUUGACAGCUGGUUAAUAUUUAGUGGUGUUGCCUGGUGGUGAGACUGGAGGGACCUUUGUGAACCAGUCAUCUCAUUGUCCUCAGCUUAGAGCGAUGCCACUUUGCAGAAUGAGACCCUUCUCCUGACACAGGGAGGGUACUCCUCCCCCCAACCUUAGCAACCCGGACUCUCUCUACCUACCUACCUCACCCCUGACCCCCAUUACCUCACCACUGACUAACCCAUAAACCCUCCCCUCUAAUUACUACCUCAACACUCUCCUCUAUGUAAACCUGCUGCUCUUAAACUGCUCUGUCCCCACCCUCCGGAGUAUUACAUUACAUUCAAUACAUCAACAGGGGGAAUUUAAAAAAGCAUUGUCAGUGCCUACUCCCUGGUGUCCAUUUUGUGCCCAGAGUGUAUCCUCAGUAGGGUGCUCUAAGCCUGUGUACUGGCACGUGACGAUGCUGCUGAACUUCGAGUGACGUCCCCACUCUGUGAUGUCAGAGGCUAGAGGAGAGGGGCAGGACCAGAGUGGGAAUCUCUCGUUUGUGGUUGGCUGUGUCGAUGAAGACCACCGAGGCUCAGAAGAAGGAGGAAGAAUAAAGAACGAGGGAGAGAUGCGAAAAGGAGAGGAGGAGGACGAUGACAAGGAUGAUGACUCGCCUCCAGAGAGGCAGAUCGUGGUGGGCAUCUGCUCCAUGAUGAAGAAGUCCAAGUCAAAGCCCAUGACCGAGAUCAUGGAAAGGCUGUGUAAGUUUGAGUACAUCACGGUGGUCAUCUUCCCCGAGGAGGUCAUCCUCAGCCAGCCCGUGGACAAAUGGCCCCUGUGUGACUGCCUCGUCUCCUUCCACUCCAAAGGUACAAACCAGCGUUUCCCAUUGGACAAAGCGGUAGAGUACGCCAAACUCAGAAACCCGCUUCUCAUCAAUGACCUGAACAUGCAGUACUACAUACAAGACAGGAGGGAGGUGUAUCGUAUCUUGCAGGAGGAGGGCAUUGAUCUUCCUCGUUACGCAGUGUUAACCCGAGACCCAGACCGACCUGAAGAAUGUAACCUGGUGGAGGGGGAGGAUCAUGUGGAGGUGAACGGGGAGUUGUUCCCCAAGCCCUUUGUGGAGAAGCCUGUGAGUGCUGAGGACCAUAACGUUUACGUCUACUACCCCACCUCAGCUGGAGGAGGCAGCCAGAGACUCUUCCGCAAGAUAGGGAGCCGCAGCAGUGUUUACUCCCCAGAGAGCUGUGUGAGGAAGACUGGCUCCUACAUAUACGAGGAGUUCAUGCCAACGGACGGCACUGAUGUCAAGGUGUACACAGUGGGCCCUGACUAUGCCCAUGCUGAGGCCAGGAAGUCCCCAGCCCUGGACGGUAAGGUGGAGAGGGACAGCGAGGGGAAAGAGAUCCGCUACCCUGUCAUGCUCUCCGCCAUGGAGAAACUGGUGGCUCGCAAGGUCUGCCUGGCCUUCAAGCAAACUGUGUGUGGCUUCGACCUCUUGAGAGCAAACGGCCACUCCUUCGUCUGUGACGUCAACGGCUUCAGCUUCGUGAAGAACUCCAUGAAGUACUAUGACGAUUGUGCCAAGGUCUUGGGGAACAUGGUGAUGCGAGAGCUGGCCCCUCAGUUCCACAUCCCCUGGUCCAUCCCCCUGGAGGCUGAGGACAUACCCAUAGUCCCCACCACCUCAGGAACCAUGAUGGAGCUGCGCUGUGUCAUCGCCAUCAUCCGCCACGGAGACCGCACCCCCAAACAGAAGAUGAAGAUGGAAGUCCGACACCCUCUAUUCUUUGCGCUGUUUGAAAAGUAUGGAGGCUACAAGUCAGGGAAACUGAAGUUGAAGAAACCCAAACAGCUACAGGAAGUGCUGGACAUUGCCCGGCUCCUACUGGCUGAGUUGGGACAGCACACAGACUGUGAGAUCGAGGAGAAGAAGGGUAAACUGGAGCAGCUCAAGACUGUCCUAGAGAUGUACGGCCAUUUCUCAGGCAUCAACAGGAAGGUGCAGCUCACCUACCUGCCCAACGGACAGCCCAAAGCCUCCAGUGAGGAAGAAGAGUGUCCAACGGAGGGUCCGUCUCUGCUGCUGGUGUUGAAGUGGGGCGGGGAGCUGACCCCGGCAGGCAGGGUACAGGCUGAGGAGCUGGGCAGGGCCUUCCGCUGCAUGUACCCAGGAGGACAAGGGGACUACGCUGGUUUCCCUGGCUGUGGUCUGCUCCGUUUACACAGCACCUACCGCCACGACCUCAAGAUCUACGCCUCAGACGAAGGCCGUGUUCAAAUGACCGCUGCUGCUUUUGCCAAGGGUCUGCUGGCUCUGGAGGGGGAGCUGACUCCCAUCCUGGUGCAGAUGGUGAAGAGUGCCAACAUGAACGGCAUGCUGGACAGCGACAGCGAGUCUCUGACCGACUGCCAGCAGAGGGUGAAGGUACGGCUCCAUGAGAUCAUGCAGAAAGACCAGGACUUCACUGAGGCCGACUACCAGAAGCUGGCCCCUACAGGCAGCCCCUCCCUGGUCACCUCUAUGAAGACCAUAGGGAACCCAGUGAGCACGUGUGACCAGGUCUACGCCCUCAUCCAGAGACUCACCUCCCAGAUCCGCAGGAGGCUGGAGGACCCCAAAUCUGCAGACCUGCAGCUGUACCACAGUGAGACCCUGGAACUGAUGCUGCAACGCUGGUCCAAGCUGGAAAGGGACUUCCGGAAUAAGAGCGGUCGCUACGACAUCAGUAAGAUCCCAGACAUCUACGACUGUGUGAAGUACGACACGCAGCACAACGCCACGCUGGACCUAGAGGACACACUGGAGCUGUUCAGGCUGUCCCGAGCCCUGGCCGACAUCGUCAUACCUCAGGAGUAUGGCAUCAAUAAGGCAGAGAAGAUGGACAUUGCCCAGGCCUACUGCCUUCCCCUGAUGAAGAAGAUUCAGCUGGACCUGCAGAGGACCCACGAGGACGAGGCCGUCAAUAAGCUGCACCCGCUGUACUCGCGGGGGGUCAUGUCUCCGGGGCGCCACGUCAGGACCCGUCUCUAUUUCACCAGCGAAAGCCACGUCCACUCACUGCUCAGCAUCUUCCGCUACGGGGGAUUACUGGACGAAGUGAAGGACCAGCAGUGGAAACAGGCCAUGGAUUACCUCAGCGCCGUCUCUGAACUCAACUACAUGACCCAGAUAGUCAUCAUGCUGUAUGAGGAUAACAACAAGGACCCUGGGUCAGAGGAGCGUUUCCACGUGGAGCUCCACUUCAGUCCCGGGGUGAAGGGCUGUGAGGGCGAGGAGAACGUCCCUCUGGGCUUUGGCUUCCGCCCAGCCUCCGCUGAGAACCAGGAGAAGCAGACCAACCAAGGCAGUCUGGAGGACCUAUCACAGGACGAGACUGACCGGGCCCUGUCGCUCUCUGAGCCAAUCAGCAUCAAAAGAUCCCCCAUGAUCCGCAACCGCAAGACUGGCUCCAUGGAGGUCCUCUCCGAGACCUUGCCCACCUCCUCCAAGGGCACCUCCUAUCGCCUCUUCCCCUCGUGCUCGUGUCAGUCCCCCGAGAUUAAACAGACUGGCCUAGAGCUCUUCUCUAUGCCGGCAGUAAAGAGAUUUUCUGUGUCGUUUGCCAGGCAUCCGACUAAUGGCUUUGAAGGCUGCUCCAUGGUGCCCUCUAUCUACCCGCUGGAGACAUUACACAACUCGCUGUCCCUCAAGCAGGUGGACAAGUUUCUCAAUGCCGUGUGUGAGCAUAGCAGCGAUGCCCACGCCAAGACCAUGAAAGCUCUCUCUGCCUUGUUCGACACGUCGAGUCAGGGGUACAGCCAGACACACAUCCACCCCCCCCCACCGAAAGCCCUGUCCUCCUCAGAAACUCCUGUCCGGUCCCCCGAAUGCCCACUUUGGUACAGCAGUGGCCCCUCUAGCACAGUGUUCAGUGGAAGGUCCUCUUCCCCCACCUCAGUGAACCCAGACAAAAAUUUCAGCUUCAGUGAGUAGACCACCGCCCCCUCACCGGAUCCCACAGAGAAACUAGAGGACAACACAACACCUGGAUCCACUCCCUAUUAAUCCAUCCACCCACCCAUCUAUUCAUCUGUCCACCCACCCAGCCAUUCAUCCAUCCACACUAUGACUUCUCCCCGCCUGUGAGUGCUUUCAAACUAAUCACAGUCACAUACAGUGCUGGACCCUAAGGUCCGCCCAGUCUCAUUUUGUGGACAAAAACAAGCCAAAACCCACUGGCCAACCAACACUCUGCCCCAGUUGAGCGACAGUCAAUCACCACCUUCCGGAGACACCUGAAACCCCACCUCUUUAAGGAAUACCUAGGAUAGGAUAAAGUAAUCCUUCUCACCCCCCCCCCCCCUCCCCCCCCCUUAAAAGACCUAGAUGCACUAUUGUAAAGUGGCUGUUCCACUGGAUGUCAUAAGGUGAAGGCACCAAUUUGUAAGUCGCUCUGGAUAAGAGCGUCUGCUAAAUGACUUAAAUGUAAUGUAAUGUAAUGUACUGGAUCCAGUCCUCAUACUAGUUUAAACAUGUCUGCUGUUUUGCCAUAGUUAAGUGUUUAGUAUGAAUUUAAACGAUUCUAUAUCAUAUGUUGUAAUGUAUAUUAUUUUGCCAUCCGUGUUGCACCUGAGAGGAUAAUAAACGUAUAUUGAAUAUGUAAUUAGGGCAAAAAAAAUUAAUAAAAAUGAGAUGGGAGGGAGGGAUCCGUUAAAUCGUUUAUACAAAACACAUCGUUAUGGAUACAACUUCAUACAAAACACAUCGUUAUGAAUACAACUUCAUACAAAACACAUCGUUAUGGAUACAACUUCAUACAAAACAUAUCGUUAUGGAUACAACUUCAUACAAAACACAUCGUUAUGAAUACAACUUCAUACAAAACACAUCGUUAUGAAUACAACUUCAUACAAAACAUAUCGUCAUGGAUACAACUUCAUACAAAACAUAUCGUUAUGGAUACAACUUCAUACAAAACACAUCGUUAUGGAUACAACUUCAUACAAAACAUAUCGUUAUGGAUACAACUUCAUACAAAACAUAUCGUUAUGGAUACAACUUCAUACAAAACAUAUCGUUAUGGAUACAACUUCAUACAAAAAAUAUCGUUAUGAAUACAACUUCAUACAAAACAUAUCGUUAUGGAUACAACUUCAUACAAAACACAUCGUUAUGAAUACAACUUCAUACAAAACAUAUCGUCAUGGAUACAACUUCAUACAAAACAUAUCGUUAUGGAUACAACUUCAUACAAAACACAUCGUCAUGGAUACAACUUCAUACAAAACAUAUCGUUAUGGAUACAACUUCAUACAAAACACAUCGUUAUGAAUACAACUUCAUACAAAACACAUCGUUAUGAAUACAACUUCAUACAAAACACAUCGUUAUGAAUACAACUUCAUACAAAACACAUCGUUAUGGAUACAACUUCAUACAAAACACAUCGUUAUGAAUACAACUUCAUACAAAACACAUCGUUAUGGAUACAACUUCAUACAAAACACAUCGUUAUGGAUACAACUUCAUACAAAACACAUCGUUAUGGAUACAACUUCAUACAAAACAUAUCGUUAUGGAUACAACUUCAUACAAAACAUAUCGUUAUGGAUACAACUUCAUACAAAACAUAUUUUUAUGGAUACAACUUCAUACAAAACACAUCGUUAUGGAUACAACUUCAUACAAAACACAUCGUUAUGAAUACAACUUCAUACAAAACACAUCGUUAUGGAUACAACUUCAUACAAAACACAUCGUUAUGGAUACAACUUCAUACAAAACAUAUCGUUAUGGAUACAACUUCAUACAAAAUGUUUUUUUUUUCUUGUACAGUGCCAUUACAUUCUUGACAUAAUUCUCAGAAUUGUAAACCUGAAACGUUUCAAUAGAUUUUGAAGAGAACAUGCUUGUCAUUGUGUUUUGUAGUUUGUACGUCUUCUUUUUGUAUGUAGUCUUGUAUGCUUUCUCAAGGAAGUUCUCAACUGCACUAAUGCAGACCUACAGUAGCACUGCUGAAUCUGUACAACAAACUUUUCUUUGACUUUACUUCACAUUGUUUUUUAUCGUGAUAGUAAUGAUUUAUUUAACGAUUGGUGUUUUUGUAGGUGAAAUGUAGGGCUGUAUUUGUGAUUUGACUUCAUGUGGCAUGUAAUGUCAGCCAAAGACAUGUUGAUGUUGUGUAGAAUCCUCUCCUUAGACUUUCAAAAUACAAUACCAAGGUUGUUUUAUUAAAAGUCAUAUCGGCUCUCUGAA